CCUAAACCUGAACCGGAGGUAACAAGCAGUCAUAGCCCAAGUAUAAUAGUUUUUGAAUGCCAUAUAACAAUCGAAAACAGAAAAAUGGAGCUUGUUUCAGAUAUAAAAGCAUUUGAAAUAUUAGUAAAUAUUAUGAAUAAUAAUAUUGAAAAUGAUAGACUUUAUGAAGCAUAUAAAACUUUUAAGAAGCCUCUUAUUGACGAGAUUACUGAAUAUAAUGAAGCCCUUAGAGCCAGAACAUAG